UUUGUUAUUUCUGUCAGUUCUUGUAACGCAUGCCAACUAUUUACGGGGAUAACAUUAAAUUAACAAUUUAAGAAUAGGACCAAAAACAAAUUAGUAUUACCGUCACGAUUAGUCGGUUAGCUGUGUUAAAAUUGGUUUCUGCUGUUCAGCCAACUGGAAUCGUUCAGUUAUUGGGACAGAUACAUUCAGCCACAGAGAGAGAGAGAGAAAACUGGUAGUGAAGAAUUUCAGUCGAUAACGGUGUCAUUGCUAGAGCACCUGGGCUGCGUUUAGCCAGACCGAGCAGAAAAACGCUCGCGAAACUGAUUUAUAUGCACUUCACGGGGAGUUAGAUAGCUGGCUAUAGCGUAUUCGAGUCGAUAAUGGUAACUUCACAAGAGUUCCUGGGUUAAGUUCACUCAGUCCGAGCAUAGGCUGAUAUAUGCGCUUUACGUUACACCAAAUCAUCACAUCGGGGACCAGUCAAAUAGUCCGCGAACGUUAGUAAAGGCUGGUUGUGUGAGAUUCCGGUCGAUAACGGUAACUUCACAAGAGUUUCUGUGCUCAGUUCAACCAGUCCGGGGAAAAAAAAAGAGAAGAAAAAUAAGGUUCGCUAGACUGACAUAUGCUCUUCACGUUAUACCAAAUGAUCACAUCGAGGACCAGUCAGAUAGUCCGCGAACGUUAGCGUCGCUCGAUGUCGCUGAACACGAUUCAUUUUCUGUAUGGUGGUUCUUACCACAGUCACUUUGUCGAGAGAUGUCGCGUGCUUACAGCAUAGAGGAACGUGUGAUUUACUUCUCAACGUUUCAAUGGACUUUCCUCCACGGAUUCGACUCUUGUUUAGACUGCUCUUCAACUAACCACACGGAGGCCUGGAUGAGUUUGAUUUAGUUGUGACAUUUCCAGGAAUACCAGGGCGUUGCCAUGACGCCGCUCGGUGACACGACGUCGCCAUGCACCGUCAUGCGUGUCCUCAAGUACAGCGCCGUGGGUUCCUGCGUCGUCAACGUGUCCGUCGUCGUCGUGUGUUUUGUGACCGGUCAGUGGAUAUUCGGUUCCACCAUGUGUCAGGUGUUCGGGUUUACCAGUCACGUGGCUGUUGGAGGAACGGUAUGGCUCAUAGCACUCGCCUGUCUCGAACGAUACUACAAGUUGUUGCUUCCCGCUGAACAUCAAGGCGUCUUCUCAGAGAUUAACUUCAAGAUCAUAGCUUUUGGAAUCUUUUUCCUUGUUGCCGUCAUCUUGGCUAACCCAUUAUAUGGGUGGGGAGAGUUUUCGGACCUCAGAGAUGUAUCAGAGGCCAACUGUAUAUAG